AUGAAUUCCUGGUCUAGUUUUGCUGUGGUUUUAGCAGUUUGUGGUCUAGCAGCUGCAGGACACUAUCAUCAUGAGGGUGGUCAUGGUGGACAUGGAGGUGCUGGUGUUGCAGUGCAUUAUUCGGUAGUUACAGAGCAUAAAGCUGAUCAGCAUGGUCAUGGUGGUGGAUCUGGUGGUCAUGAUGCUGGGCAUGCCACUGUGCAUACUUGGGGACAAGAUGCUGCAGCAGGUCAUGAUGAAGGACAUUCUGAAGGUGCUUAUGAUGAAGGAUAUUAUGGUGGUCAUGAUGACGGUGGACAUGAUGAUGUUCACUCUUCUGGGGGACAUGAUUCAGGACAUUAUGGUGGUCAUGAUGGUGGCCAUGAUGAUGGUCAUGAUCAUCAUGCUUAUCCCAAAUACGAAUUUUCUUACGGUGUUAAGGACCCCAAAACAGGCGACAUUAAAAGCCAAUCCGAAACCAGAGAUGGUGGCAAUGUUAAAGGUAGCUACACUGUUAAGGAAGCUGAUGGCACUACACGCCAUGUAGAAUACUCUGCCGAUAAACAUAAGGGGUUCAAUGCUGUUGUUCAUACCUCGGGUCAAGCUCAUGCCGGUCAUGGUGCUGAAUAUGCUCAUGGUGGACAUGAUCAUGGCUAUGAUCAUGGUCAUGGCAAAGCCAGCAGUUAUGUCAUCGUUAAGAAACAAGAAGAAUCAAAGCAUUAA